AGGCCUGCCCCCCCUGCAGCACAUGACACGGUCCGCCGGGCAUUCGGCACCUGCCAGCCGCUCUCGAGCGGGAAGGACCUGGCCCAGCUCUUUGGGUUCGCCCGGAACGCCUUCACCAUGCUGGCCAUGAUGGACUACCCGUACCCCACCGACUUCCUGGGGCCCCUGCCCGCCAACCCUGUCAAGGUGGCUUGCGACCGGCUGCUGAGUGAGAGCCAGAGGAUCACAGGCCUCCGGGCACUGGCAGGGUUGGUGUACAACUCCUCGGGCACGGAGCCCUGCUACGACAUCUACCUGGAGUACCAGGCCUGCGCAGACCCCACCGGCUGCGGCUUGGGCUCCAACGCCAAGGCCUGGGACUACCAGGCCUGCACGGAGAUGAGCCUGACCUUCUCCAGCAACAACCAGACGGACCUCUUCCCCGCGCUGCCCUUCACGGAGCAGCUCCGCCAGCAGUACUGCCUGGACACCUGGGGCGUGUGGCCCCGGAAGGACUGGCUGCACACCAACUUCGGGGGGGGCGACCUCAGAGCCGCCAGCAACAUCAUCUUCUCCAACGGUGACCUGGACCCCUGGGCAGGGGGCGGGAUCCAGAGGAACCUGAGUGCCUCCGUCCUGGCCAUCACCAUCCGAGGGGGAGCGCAUCACCUGGACCUCAGGCGACUCACCCGGCCGCCCCCCCGUGUCCGCGAGGCACGCCAGCUGGAGGCCGCCCUCAUCGGCCAGUGGGUGGAGGAGGCCAGGCGGGCGCAGCACGGAGUCUCCGAGGACGAGGGGCGCCCCCCCCGCUAGGACCCCGAGGACUCCAGGGCGCGUGCUGGGGGGGGGCUGAGCAAUGCAGGGGCCUCGCCAAGUCCCAUGGAGGAGGGAGAGGACGUGG